AUGGCUCCAGACUUGUUUGAUGGUACCGAUGCCAUCGAUCAGUUCACAUUCGACCAAACAGACGAUGCAAACAGCAGGCUUAAGGAGCACUGGGAAAGUUACUUUACCGAGGAUCAUGUCUCUGAGCUGGCCAGUUAUGGGAUUAAUGCUAUCCGUAUACCCGUCGGCUUCUGGGCGUACGAUAACAAAAACACCCCAUACCUCAAAGGAGCUGAUGCAUAUCUUGACCGCGCGGUUCAAUGGGCUAGGGUCAAUGAUAUGAAGGUCUGGGUGGAUCUUCACGGCGCCCCAGGCUCGCAAAACGGCUUCGAUCAUUCUGGUCAGAAGGGCAGCGUCCACUGGCAAACGCCAAAGAACCUUGACCGUACUAUCACAGUCCUGAAAAAGAUAGCCCAGAAAUACGGGAGCAACAAGUAUGCGGACGUAGUGUCUGGGAUCGAGCUCCUCAACGAACCAACCCUCUGGGGAAAGAACGAGCUCUUGAUCACGAAGGAGUGGACACAGCAAGCGUGUGAAGAAGUUCGAGACACCAUAGAGAACAAAAAUCUCCAGAUCGUCGUGCAGGAUGGGUUCAAGGGCUCCGCCACAUGGGUCGAUGUAGUAAAAGACGUUAUCGAGGACCUUAACGAAGACCCUUCAGAACACCAUUCUGAUUUCGCUAUCGACUCACAUUUAUACCAACUCUACAAACUCAAAGAAAUGGCUAUGGACCAACCGCAGCACAUCAUCCAAGCGUGUAAUUGGCGCUACAACUUCGAGGCCGCCCAACGCUCCCAUAUCCCAGUCUACGUCGGCGAAUGGUCUGGCGCGACAAAAAUCUGUGUGGAUAGCAAUGGCACGACCACUGCUGGAGAAACAUGCGACACUGACGGGUGCCAAUGCAUAGCUACGACACCCGUUGAAGAAUGGAACGACUUGGUGAUCGACCAGGUCCGUCGAUAUAUCGAAGCUCAACUGGAUGUCUGGGAGGCUAAUACGAAAGGCUGGUUCUACUGGAACUUUAAAGGGACGGGCGCUUGGGGUUUCAUGGAUGGGAUUGAGAAAGGAUUUAUCCCUAAUCCUGUCACAAGUAGGAAGUACCCUGGGCAGUGUGAUGCAACUUCCUACUGA